UCGAGCGCGUAUCAUAAACAAACAACGGAACUUAAAAAAGACGAGAAUAAAAAAAAAAUUACAAAAAGAUUAAAAUAUUGAAUUUUGAUUCUUGGCUCAAAUUAUUUUGAUAUCAAAUCAUUUAAGAAACUCGGUUUCUUUCUUUGAUUCGUUCAAGUAUUUAUGUUGCGAUUUUAAGAAAACAAAAAAUUUUAAGAAUAAAAAAUUUAACUAAAAUUUACAAAAAAUGUUUCGAAUAUGGUUUUUAAUUACACUGAUAUCGUUAAGUUAUGUAAGAAGUUGUCCUAGAGCUCCAUCAGCACCACAUGGUCGUAGAACUAGAGGUGAUAAUUUUUACAAAUUAAUAUUGGGUGAUAAUCCUAGUGGAUAUGAACCAGGAAAAACUUAUAAUUUACUCUUACUUGGAUCUAGAACCCACAAUAAAUUACAACAAUUUACACAUUUCACGUUGACUGCAGAAGCAUCAAAUGGAAAUGGAAAAAGGGGUAGCCCUGCUGGCCCUAGACGUGUCGGACGUUUUCAAUUAUAUGCAGAUUCUUUAACAAAAUUCAGUGAAAAAUGUAUUAAUACAAUAACUGAAGCUGAUGAUUUACCAAAAACUGAAAUUCAAGUAAUGUGGGUUGCUCCAGCUGCUGGUUCAGGUUGCGUUUCAUUAUCGGCAAUGGUAUAUGAAGGACCACGUUCAUGGUUUGCUGAUGAUGGUGAAUUAACUAAAAUAUUAUGUGAAAAGAAACCGGAUGCUCAAAGUAUUAAAAAAGAAUGCUGUGCUUGCAAUGAAGCAAAAUAUAGUUUUGUUUUCGAAGGAAUUUGGUCUAAUGAGACCCAUCCGAAAGAUUUUCCAUUUGCAGUAUGGUUAACUCAUUUUUCAGAUAUUGUUGGAGCUUCACAUGAUUCAAAUUUUUCAUUCUGGGGUGAAAAUCACAUUGCAACAGAUGGAUUCCGUUCAUUGGCUGAAUGGGGUUCCCCAACGGCACUUGAAACAGAAUUGAGAACAAAAGGUUCAAGAUUAAGAACUUUAAUAAAAGCACCAGGAUUAUGGUAUCCUCAUGUCAAUACAAACACAACAUCAACAUUUAGAGUUGAUCGAAAACAUCAUAAAGUUUCAAUGGUCUCGAUGUUUGGUCCAUCACCUGAUUGGGUCGUCGGUAUAAAUGGAUUGAAUUUAUGUACUGAAGAUUGUUCGUGGAAAGAUUCAGCCGACAUCGAUUUAUAUCCUUGGGAUGCAGGCACUGACAGCGGAAUAAGUUAUAUGUCCCCAAAUGCAGAAACUCAACCGCGCGAGAGAAUGUAUAGAAUAACUACAAUGUAUCCAGAAGAUCCUAGAGCUCCAUUUUAUAAUCCAACAACAGAUAAAAUGACACCAUUAGCGAAAUUAUUUAUUAGAAGAGAAAAAAUUAUAAAUAGAAAUUGUGAUGAUGAUUUCUUACAAGCUUUACAACUAGAUGAAAAUCAAAAUGAUGAUCAAGAUACACGAGUUGAAUGUGCUGUUACACCAUAUAAAUCCUGGACCCCUUGUUCAGUCACUUGCGGUAAGGGUAUACGAUCAAGAACUAGAGAGUAUGUAAAUGAAGCAUUGGCGAUGAAAUCCAAUUGUAAAACUCAGCUUGUAUCAAAAGAAAUGUGUGUAGCAGCUAUCCCAGAAUGUAGCAGUAAUCAGGAAGAUGAAGAUGAAGGUGAAAAUUUAGCUAACCUAACUCCAUUAGUAAAUGAAGCAGGUGAGGGAGUCGGUAUUUGCCGAACUACAGCUUGGAGUAAUUUCAAUGAAUGUUCUGCAUCAUGUGGAAUUGGUAUAACAAUGCGUACAAGAAGUUUCCUGAAUCAUUUAGGCAGAAAAAGGUGUCCUCAUAUAGCAGUUGUAGAAAAACAAAAAUGUAUGAAACCGGAAUGCACUUUUGAAACAGCCGAACUUCCGGAUGCAGAAUGUCCAACAACUCACUGGAGUGAUUGGAGUCCCUGUUCUGCAACAUGUGGAAAAGGUGUGUCUAUAAGAACUCGAUUGCUAUUAGUUGAACCACAUCAAAUAGAGAAAUGCGAAAAACGCAUAGAGCUUAGUCAACAAAAAGAAUGUACACUAGCACAAGAUUGCACAAUUAACGUAGAUCUUGCUAGAGAAUUUUGUCAAGAAAGCGCAGAUCGUGGUCCCUGCCGUUCGUCUUAUAGGAGAUAUUGGUACAAUCAUCAAACUAAAAAAUGCGAAGUAUUUAUAUAUGGAGGAUGUCGUGGUAACAAAAACAAUUUCUUUGCUGAAGAAGAUUGUAUGAACACAUGUCACAAAGCUAUGAAUGGAAGCAAUGAACAUUUUACAUCUCGUCAAGCUUUAAACACCCAAAAUUCUCCAAAUAAAAUUUCUACAAUAUCCAAUUCAGAUAAAUUACCACAGGAUUGUAUUAUGUCAGACUGGUCAGAAUGGUCCACAUGUAGUGCUUCCUGUGGCGAGGGAAUUUCUGAGCGUCAUCGUUAUAUCGUAAGAUAUCCUAGUAAUGGUGGUCAACAAUGCCAAAAGAAAACUGUUAAAAGGAGAAGAUGUAUUGUCGCAGAUUGUAACUAAGGGAAAUAACAAUUUUUUUAAGAAAUAAAUGCACAAAUUGAUGAAAGUUGAUUACAAUGAGUAACAGUUUCAGCUAACGUUUAAUAUAAAUGACUACCUACCUACCUACAUUAAUUAUUAUGUAAUUUCUUUUUAUGUAAAAAAUAUAUUUUCGUAAUACUUA